AUGGCGUCGGAAAUCUUCAGGAUAAUCGAAGGACUUCAUCUUAGCGAAUACUUCUCAAAUGAGGCGGUCAUUUCAACGUUGGCGUAUAAACCGCAACGUGGAGACCUCUUUCUUGUGAGCUAUCCGAAGUCGGGAUCCACGUGGACUAUGCAAAUUAUGUACAACAUCCUCGUGGAGGGCGAAGAAUCCACAAACCCGAUCGAUCGUGUGAUGCGAUUUCCGUUGAUGGAGCUACAGGGAGUCGAAGCAGCUACCUACGCUCCGAAACCAAGAGCAUUCAGGAGUCACUUGCCGUUUGAGAAAGCACCGUACUCACCAGAGGCGAAGUACGUGUACAUUGCGAGGAAUCCGUAUGACACGUGCGUGUCCUUUUAUUACCACACCAAGAACAUGCUGAUAUACCAAUUUCAGGACGGGACAUUCGACCAAUUCGUCGAGCUUUUCCUUGGAGGCCGCGUAGAGCAUGGAGACUACUUCGAGAACGUGACCUCUUGGUACGAACACGCCAACGACACCAACGUAUUGUUCCUGACUUACGAAGAGCUCAUGAAGGACGCUCGCCGCAGCGUUCUCAGGAUAGCCCAAUUUAUGGGGCAUGAAUAUGGGCAGAAGUUUCAGGAAGAUCCACAGCUCCUCACCCGAGUUCUAGAGAAUACUAGCUUUGAUCGAAUGAAGAAGUCGUUUAAUCAUGACGCGAAGAAGUCACCAUUGAGCAAGUCUUCCUUUCUGAAGACUGUAAGGCCAGAGAUUCUAAGGGGACUUCUGGCUUUCACAGCGCUUGUGGAGACACCCGCGACUGGCGAAUUCGUUCGUAAAGGUCAAGUGGGAGACUGGAAAAACCACUUCUCGGCAGACCAGAUUCGACGAAUGAAAGAGAGGAUAUUUGAGGCAUCGUCGAAGUCUGACUUUAUGAGUCUUUGGAAAGAUGUCGACAUUCCAUGA